AUGCACCGAUUUACAUUUCCCCUUGGUCUUGCUACCCUAUCUGGACAGCUCGUCAAUGCAUUCGCAGUCCCCGAGAUGUUUCGUCGCCAGGGUGAAAACCACGCAAAGGUUGGACUCGGCAAGAGCUACGUUCCACUUUCCACCAUUGAUGGAGCAAAGCUCCUGAGCGAUGGUCUGCACGAUCUCUGUGGGGAUACUAGCUGCGACGGCGGAUCAUCCUAUGAGUCUCCAGUCAAGCUCGGUCAAUUCGAGUCGUUCGGCGAUAUCCUCGAUUGUACCUGGACCGUCACUGCCUCGGGCAACUGGGACAACACCGAUCAGCGAGACUACAUGAUCAAUGUUCUUACUACAUCCCUUACGGACACGGCAACUGUUGAGACUAUCCAGGUCAGCAUCGAGGACAAUCCUCUCUGCACUCACCAAGGACAGCCCAGUUGCACCAAUGAAGAUGAAGAAAUCACCAGUGUUCUCAACUUCCAGCAGAUCGUGUUGAACCUGGCCAGCGGCGCUAACACGGCUGAGCUGUCGUAUAACAUCAACUUGCAAUGUCGGGAUACUGCUGGAUGGGACUGUGAUGGUUUUGUGAAGGAUAAUCUCAAGGAUGCGCUUUCCGCUAUACCGGGAGUGGGUGCUGCAAUCGCUCAGGUGUUCGACAUCGGCUGUGCAUAG